GCGGCGGCCACGGACGCGGCCCCCUCAGCCCCCAGCGGGAUGGGGCCCUCCACCGGCAGCCCCGCCGCCGUGAGCAGCAGCAGCAGCGCUCCAGAGAGGAGACAAGAGAUGGCAGCCGCGGCGGCAGCUUCCCCAGCGCAGGGCAGCAACGGCAGCAGCCCAAGGCCAGACCUCUCGCUGCGGUCAAGCAUCGUGGAAAAGCCGCUUAGCUUCAAGAAGUCCGGCGGCGGGAAUAUGUCGAGCCAGGCGCUGUCCGGUGGCACUGGCAAGCGGGCCGGCGCUGCGCGCACCCUGCUGCGCGUGAAGAGCCUGGAGGAGCAGGUGGCCUCACUAGCCAAGCAGUCCUCCCCCGCCUACAGGUGGCCCGGCGGCGCGCCCAACGCCAGCCGGCCCUCCGCCAAUGUGCGGUGA